AUGGAUCCCACCUCUAGAUUAUCUAAAUUUCAAGGAGACCCACUUUCUGAUCCUACUCAGUAUCGCAACAUUGUUGGGGUCCUGCAGUAUGUGGCACUUGCACGUCCAGAUGUGGCAUUUGUGGUGAACAAGGCUUGUCAGUUUCUUCCGAAGCCGACCAAUGAUCAUUGGACGAUGCUGAUUGGGCUGAUUGCCCUAAUGACCGUCGGUCUACUAGCAGCUACGUCUCUACUACGGGAUUUUGGCAUUCGUCAAUCUGUUCUGCCUAUUCUUUACUGUGAUAAUAUUGGUGCCACGUACCUGGCAGCACAUCCAAUGUUUCAUGCUUGUACCAAGCACAUCGAAGUGGAAUUUCAUUUUUUGCGUGAUCAUAUUCUCCGUAAAAAUCUGGAUGUUCGAUAUAUCUCUACUGAUGAUCAAUUGGCCGAUAUCUUUACCAAACCUCUUGCUCCGGUUCGGUUUGGUUUUCUCCGGUCUAAGCUUCAUGUGCUUUCAGCCCAGUUUCGCUUGAGGGGGCGUAUUUUGGAAAGCUCUCCAGAAGAAAACUCCACAAGACUGGCAAUUACCAAUGGAGGCUCUCAAUCCAGAAUAACAACUACUAAUAAAGGAUCUUUAGCGGCUGCCAAUUGA